AUGGACACUUGGCAGCCCCUCUUUUGGGUAUUCGUCUCUGCAGCUACCUUCUACCCACUCCAGGCACAGAUAACUGCAUCGUUCAAGCCUUACGCUGAUGUGGUUUUCCUUGUGGAUGCCUCCGAGAAAAUGGAGCUGAACCACUUGCCGCUGAUUAAAAAUUUCAUCUUCAGAAUUAUCAGGGCACUGGAGGUUGGAAGCGACCGGUACCGGGUUGGCCUGGCUCAGUUCAGUGAGACAGGUCACGCCGAGUUCUUACUCAACACCUACCUCACCAAGGCAGAGAUGAUCGACCACGUCCAGCGGGAAUUCACUCUCCGACACGGUCCGAGGCGGACCGGUAACGCCCUGCAGUUCCUUCAGAAGAUUUUCUUCAGAGAGACAGCGGGGAGCAGGUUCAGUCAGGGCGUCCCUCAGUACGCCGUGGUCGUCACCUCCGGAAAGUCUGAGGAUGCAGUCGCGGGAGCCGCCAGGAAGCUGAGGGGAAAGGGAGUAAAUAUCUUGUCUGUGGGGAUUCAGAAUUUUGACAAGAAAGAACUGGAGAUGAUAGCGUCUCCUUCACUGGUGUUCACAAUCCAGGGAGAAGAAGGGGCCGGCCAGUUGGAGCGGAAAGUCAUCGAUUUGCUUCGAAGAUCGAUUAAGAAACGAGACAGCACUGAGGAGGAGGAAGGAAGCGUUCCAGGGUGUAUGAGUGCUACUGUAGCAGACAUAGUAUUCCUGGUUGAGGAAUCCAGCAAUAUCGGGCAGAGUGCCACCCAGCAAAUUGGGAACAUUUUGAGGGAAACUGUCAAAUUCCUUAAUAUUGGACCCGAUAAUGUGAGAAUUGGUUUGGUGCUUUACAGUGAUGAGCCAAGACUUGUAUUUUCCCUGGAACCAUUUCAGACCAAAGAGUCAAUUAUGAGCCAUUUGGCCAAACUGCCAUUCCGAGGUGGGAAGCCCAAGACUGGAGCUGCCUUGAAAUUCCUAAGGGAAAAGAUUUUCACGCAGGAUGGGAAUAGCAGGUAUAAACAAGGAGUGCCGCGGAUGGCAGUAGUUGUCACAGAAGGCUUCUCUGAGGACAGAGUGAGUAAAUCUGCUUCUCAACUCCGCCGGGCUGGUGUCACCAUCUAUGCUCUAGGUACCCAAGGAGGCUCGGAGAGUGGCAACCUAGAGAAAAUGGCAUCGUAUCCCCCUCGGAAGCAUGUCAUGAAACUGGAACUCUUUCAGGACCAUUCUUUCGCUGGGAAGAGGAUCGAGAAACUGCUUUGUACUGAUGAUCUCUUUCAAACUUCAGUUGCAAUGUUAAACAAUGCCCUGAAAAGAGGCUGCAGGGACACAGAGAAAGCGGAUAUUUACUUCCUGAUUGACGGCUCCGGCAGCAUAGACCACGAUGACUUCCUGGACGUGAAGAUGUUCAUGACUGAGGUGUUAAGCGUGUUCCCGCUGGGCACCGACCAAGUGAGAUUUGGGGUGGUGCAGUAUUCAGACAGUCCUCACCUGGAGUUUGAGCUUGGCCAGUAUGACGGCACGGUAAAAUUGAAGGAGGCCAUCGGAGGCAUUAAACAGCUAAGAGGGAGAGCCCGGAUGGGAGAAGCACUAAAAUAUAUGAAGCAGCGUUUCACGGAUAGCGGCCCGGUCAAAAUCCUGAUCGUCAUCACAGCCGGGAAUGAUCAGGAUGAAGGGGCAGAAUCGGCCCGUGAGCUGAGGCAAAGGGGAAUUGUCAUCUAUGCUAUCGGUGUCAAAACUGACAACAAAGUAAAACUUAUUACUAUUGCGGGGACGGAAGAGAACGUGUUCUUUGUGAAUGACUUUGACACCCUGAAGCAUAUCAAAGAUGAGGUGGUCCAGGAUAUCUGUUUCCCAGGAGCCUGUAAGAACAUGGAAGCUGACAUUAUCUUCCUGAUCGAUGGCUCCGAAAGCAUUAAAGAAAGUCAAUUUGGAAAAAUGAAGGAGUUCAUGAAGCUGAUGGUGAACAGGUCAAACAUCGGGCCCGAGAAUGUCCGGAUUGGAGUUCUUCAGUUUAGCUCAAGCCCUAAGAAGGAGUUUAUGCUCAAUGAAUAUACCACAAAAGAAGAUCUCUCCAGAGCCAUCUCAGAUAUCCAGCAAAUUCAAGCUGGCACCCGGACUGGACAGGCCCUGACAUUUACUCUGCCUUACUUUGACCCUUCAAGAGGGGGGAGACCCACUGGACCUCAAUAUCUGAUUGUGAUCACUGAUGGGGAAGCCCAGGAUUCUGUUGAAAGCCCAGCCAAGGCACUCAGGGAUAAAGGCAUUACCAUUUUUGCCAUUGGUGUACUGGAGGCCAAUAAAACCCAGCUUCUGGAGAUCACGGGGUCUGAGGACCAGGUUUUUUAUGAAAAAGACUUUGAUUCACUUAUUUUCCUGAAGAAGAAACUUUCUUUUAAGCUCUGCACCCCCGAAGGUUUAGAAGGUUGCAGUACAGAUAUAUCGGUAGCAAUAGAUAUUACCCGCCCAUCAAGGCCAGUGCAACAGAAACUACGAGAUGUUCUGCCUAGUCUACUGCAGGAGCUAGCGUCUUUCUCCAACCUGAGCUGUGGAGGCAACAAUAAGAUCAUCAUCAGGUUCCGGUACAUGGUGCCUGCUCCCAACGGCCAGCUUCUCUUUAACUCGGAAUUUAAGGAGUACAGUGAAGAAAUCAUCCAGGAAUUCCUGGCUCAGCAGGACAAAGUCAAGCAGCACAUGAAUGGUGGCUUUCUACGGUCCUUGGGGGCGGCAUCUACUAACCAGAACUCCGCUAAAGUCAAGGUUCUCCUCGUGUUUACUGAUGGACUGGAUGAUGAUGUCGGGAAACUAAAGGAAACGUCUAUGAGUCUUCAUUCCAAAGUGUUCGAUGCACUUUUAGCAGUUGGCUUGGAAGGUGUGCAGAACUUAGAAGAAUUGCAGGAGAUAGAAUUCGGUAGAGGAUAUUACUAUAAACAACCUCUGAGUAUCAAAAUGCAAGAUCUGCCCAGGAUUUUACUGAAACAACUUGACACUGUUGCAGAAAGAAGGUGCUGCGGACUGUUGGGGAAAUGUUUAGGAGAAGAUGGUUUCCGAGGACCUUAUGGACAGCCUGGGAGAAAGGGACUUACAGGUCCCAGUGGAAUAUUCGGCUACCCUGGCGAAGAAGGUGAAAUUGGAGAAAGAGGCCCCACUGGUUUCCCUGGACAGCGGGGUGAGACAGGAUGCCUAGGUGCAAGAGGUCCUAAGGGACUGAGAGGCCAUGAAGGAGAUAAGGGCAGUAAGGGUGAUGAUGGCAUUAAUGGGGUGGAUGGUGAGCAGGGAGAGAGCGGAACUCCUGGAACCCAUGGAGAAAAAGGCAGUGCAGGAAAGCGGGGUUGGAAAGGCCCUCCCGGAGAGGUCGGUGAUCCAGGACUUCUGGGCUUCGGAGGAGAUCCCGGGGAUCCUGGAACCAGCAGUAAAAUCCGAGGUCAAAAGGGAGAAAAAGGCAGAAGAGGGAGACAGGGAAAUCCUGGACGAGUCGCCUUGCAGGAAGAGACUGGAAACAGGGGCCCUGAGGGGGCAAGAGGUCAAAGAGGCCAACCUGGCAUAAAGGGUUUUCAAGGACAGCGUGGACAAGAGGGUUCUAAAGGAUGGCCUGGGUUUCAAGGCUCACAGGGUCCAAGAGGUCACCAAGGACCCAAGGGAACAUCUGGAUUGCAAGGUUUACCCGGUCCCCAAGGUGCUCCAGGAUCUCCAGGUGCACCUGGCUUAAAAGGGAAAAUUGGACGCAGGGGAUUUAAGGGAGAUCAUGGAGAACUAGGAGAGAGAGGCCCACUGGGGCCAGUAGGAUCAAGAGGCGUGCCUGGCCUACCUGGCAAAGAAGGAUAUGGUCAUCAAGGAAGAAAAGGAGCUAAGGGAGAAUAUGGAUUCCCUGGAUUUCCUGGCUUGCAGGGAGAAGAUGGUGCUCCAGGCUACCCAGGAAAACAAGGAUCCAAGGGGGUUAGAGGAAGAGGGCAUACUGCUGGCUACCCUGGUUUAGGAGGAGUUCCAGGAGAUCUCGGCCCACCUGGACCAAUGGGCAUAAAAGGACCCAGAGGUGUGAUGUCUAUGACGCCUUGUGAGAUGGUCAACUUUACACGAUUCAACUGCCCUUGCUCAUCAGAUACCCCUAGAUGUCCGGUGUUCCCAACGGAAGUGGUUUUUGCCCUGGACAUGUCUGAAGGUGUCACCCCAUCAGAUUUCAAAAGGAUGAUCGACAUUUUGCUAUCACUCCUGGAGAGAAUGAAUAUCAGCGGAAACAACUGUCCAACUGGCGCCCGCGUGGCCAUCGUUUCAUACAACGACAACACUAGAUAUCUGCUACGCUUCUCGGACUUCCAGAAGAAGAAUCUGCUCCUGGCUGCUGUUGGGCAAAUACCUUUGAAGCAUUCAUCUGGCUCCAGGAAUGUUGGCAGGGCCAUGCUAUUUGUAGCGAGGAAUGUGUUCAAGCGGACCCGUGCUGGUAUACUUCUGAGAAAGGUGGCCAUCUUCUUUGCCGCAGGCUUGUCCAAAGAUGCCACUUCUAUCAAUACGGCUACACUGGAGCUAAGCGCUCUGGGCAUCAUUCCUGCCAUAAUUGCUUUCUCGGAUGUUCCCAAUGUCCGUCGUGCCUUUGUGAUGGAUGAUUCAGAGCAAUUUAAGCUGUUUGUUUGGGGAAGCAAGGAGGAACAGGACUUGGAGAGGCUGACCAGUUGUACGCUCUGCUACGAUCCUUGCAACAGGGAACUGGACUGUGAGGAAUACAAUCUGUCCCCCAUCCCGGUGAAUAUGGACAUUGCCUAUGUGGUGGAUGGUUCACGGGGUGUUAGGAGUGAAACGUUCAGUGUCGUGAAGCGUUUUGUGAGCACCAUGCUGGAUCAGUUUGUCAUUGCCACCCACCCCCAGACAUCCAACACUGGGGCCCGGGUGGCCUUGGUGCAAUACGCACCUCCUGGUUUCUUCCCUUACGAAGACAUUCUACCAGCCGAGAAGGAGUUCGACUUGCUCACCUACCGCAGCGGACCACGGAUGAAGAGCCACAUUCAAACGUCCUUCCGCCAGGUGAAAGGGCCACCUGCCAUCGCCCACGCCCUGGAAUGGACGAUGGAGCAGGUGUUCUUACAGGCUCCCUUCCCAAGGAGAAACAGGGUCUUCUUUAUAAUUCUGGGAAGCGAGACAAGUGCCUGGGACAGGUCAAUUCUGAGACAAGUUUCACUGGAUGCCAGAUGCAAAGGAUACACCUUAUUCACUGUGGCCCUGGGCAGAGCUGUUAGCAUUGGUGAACUGGCUGAUCUCUCUAGUUCCCCUUUAGAACAACACCUGCUGAGACUGGACGACGCUCUGGAUCUUGAAAUGCCAUAUGCCCGGCGGUUUAUCCGGGCCUUUCUCAAUCUCCUAAGGAGUGACAUCAAUCCUUACCCUCCUCCAGAACUUCUCAAAGAGUGUGAAGAGCAGAAUCGAGGAGAUAACAAGGAACGCUUGAAUACAAAGAGGUUCUCUCUCAAAGACUCUGACUAUAUGGAAAGAUUGGAAACCCCUGAGAGGAGAAAAAGCUUCUUAGGGGUGAAUUCAACAGCUGAGAAACUCACCACACCCCAAGGAGAAGAUAAUUAUUUCGAGGAUAAUAAAUAUGCUCCUGAAGAAAAUAGAAAAGAGCUCCCAAAAUAGACAACUGGAAAUGCAGAUGUCUGCUCUAUGGCACAGGACAGAGGGGAGUGCCAGGACUAUAUUCUGAAAUGGUUCUACAAUUUAAAGCAGAAAACCUGCAUGCAGUUCUGGUAUGGCAGCUGUGGUGGCAACCCCAAUCGAUUUGAAAUACUGCACGAAUGUGAAUCUUGGUGUGUCAAAUAA